GGGCGGUACUAUUAUAAAUAAUCAAUCCGACUAGGGAGGGCAUCGUCAACUACGCGGACGACUCGGGAUAUAUUGCCCUAACCGCCGCACGCCGUCGAUCGAGAGGGGUGGAAACCAUGGAAGAAGGGAAGCAACGGCUGGUGCUGAGCCUGCCUCCCGGCUACCACUUCGCGCCGACGGACGUGGAGCUCAUCGUCCACUACCUCCGCCGGAAGAUGGACGGCCACCCGCCGCACCUGCCCGUCUUCAAGGACGUGCCCAUCACCGACUACCGCCCGGAGCAGAUCACAGAGGUGUUCAUGGACUGCGGGGAGGAGCGGUGGUACUUCUUCACCAAGCGGACCCGCAAGUACGCGACGGGCAACCGGCCGGACCGGACGACGCCGGGCAGGGGGUACUGGAAGGCCACCGGCCCUCAGCGUCUGAUCCGCACCGGGCCCUCGAAGGCUUAUCCGCUGGUCGGGCGCCGGAGGACGCUCGUGUUCUACACCGGGCCCGACGAGGCGGCCAAGACCGCCUGGACCAUGUACGAGUACGAGAACCUCACCUCCGAGGAGGAGGCCAACGACAAGAACGCCGACAAGCUUGGCGAGUGGGUGCUGUGCACGAUACAGAGGCAGAAGAGCCAGCGCGUCGGCGACGACACGAUCAAGGGCAAGGCCAAGGGGGAAAGCAAGGCGGGCGGCAGGAAGAGGAAGGGCAAGGCACAGAAGGGAGCUGAUGAUCAAGUCCUCCAGAUCCAGGGAACCCAGGAGGUGGCAGAGAAAGUUGAUGAGACGGACAUGUUUGAGUUGGAGCAAGCCAGCCGCCCCAACAAGAGACCCCAACUCAUGCAGCAGCAGCAUGAUGAACCGCCACCGCCACCGCCAUGCCCGGAAACAUUGAUACCAGCACAAGAUUGUGACUAUGGCCUAGGCACCGUGCCGCCGUCACAGGAACCGCCGCAGCAGCUCUCGGAUUCAGAGAUGGUGGCGUCUCGCCCUGGUGCUUCAUGCUACGGCUUUGAUGAGUCCAUGCUGCUGUCGCUGCUGGAAUAUGAGACGAUGGCGCCUCUUCUUCUAGGAUACAACAACUACAGCACGACGCCGUAUCAGCCGGCAACCAGCUACCUAGAUGCUGCGGCGGCGCCUCUUGGAGCAUUCAGUUACGGUUAUGGCGGCGCUGCACAUCAACCGGCAGGUCAACUGAACAAUGGUGGGUACGCCGGCGGUCAUCCCAGUAGCCUUUUGGGCACCAGCAACAGUACAUAUACUUACCCGCAGCAGCACUCCUACGCCGCUGGCAGCAGUACAUACACUUACCUGCAGCAGCAUUCACACCCAGCCGGAACCAACAAGUUGGCCCCCAGCAACAGUACAUAUACUUACCAGCUGCAGCAGUCAUGCGCCGCGGGAGCCAACAAGUUGGCGUUGGCCAGGGGAGCGAUGAGCAGCGGCAUUGGUCAGGGGAGCGAUGUGCAGCCACAGGUAGAGCUGUGAGACCCGCGGUAGGAGCCUAGAGAAUAGAUUUUUCAGAUGGUCAGGGGAUAUAUGACUUGCAGCAGAGAGCACUCACUAGUUGUCUUUAACUCGCCGUUAGGGCAAGUAUUAGUAGUUUUAGUACACUUUAGGAUUAUCCGGAGACAUAUUCAUAUGGGAUAUAGUUUGGAUAUAUAGUUUGAAGUUCA